UUUAGUUCAAAUAAAAGCAUAAAUUAAAGUAUAUCGAUGAUAUUCAAUAAUAUAGAGUGAUUUUAUAAAAGUGGCAAGUUGUUUUUAUAAAAAUUCUAAUGGAUCCUCCCGAAUCUACAUUGGAAGCAUCUGCUAAUAACUAUUCAGGUACCAAUUUUAAUCAUCUGUAUAAAACGAGAGGUUAUAAAGAAGAAUCACAAGCAAAUCGCCGCCGAAAGCUAUUAGAGCAUCAAAAAAGAAAUCGUAGCAAUGCUCACGAUAGUUCAAGAUUAUCUUUAUUGGCCCAAUGUGAAGAGGAAGAGUCCCCAAAAUCCAAACCAAAGAAUAAACAUGCAUUAAAUAAUUAUAAUACAGUAAAAUUAUACUCAAAUCAGUUAAUGUUUUCUGAAUGGAUGGAAGAAUUACCUGAAAAUUUUGAAGAUGAUUGGUUCAUGGUACCUUGCCCUAUGGGCAUAAGAGUGCUUUUGGUUGCAAGCCGGAACAAAGCAUUUACCAAGCGUGGUCGAUGCAUAUUUGAUUUCCAGUCUGCUUUGCCUGGUGGAUCUCGUUCUAAGCAAUCUGAUAUACAUGGUUAUACAAUUUUAGAUUGUAUUUUCUCUGAGUUAACAGAAACUUUCUAUAUAUUAGAUUUGCUUGCUUGGGGGAAGCAACCUUUUGUCAACUGUGAGACAGAAUUCAGGUUUUUCUGGCUGCAAGGACAGUUGUCAGAAAGAGUAGAGUUAUCCGAAAAAAAUGAUAAAUCGAAUUUAUACCCAUUUUCUCUUUUAUCUCACUAUGAAUGCAGUAUUGAAACUAUUUCAAAUGUAUUAAAUAACUGGCCAUUUUUUAAUAAUAAUACUCCAAAGGUUGAUGGGUUACUAUUUUAUCACAAAAAUACUUCAUAUACCGCUGGAUAUACUCCUACAGUUUUGUGGCUUUUUUCAUUUAUGGUUCCAGAAAUUAUUAGCAGGAAUAUUAUGAUUGAUGAUAAUUAUAUGCAGGAAAAACCAGCAGAUUAUGAAAACCAAAAAUUAUUCAUAGAAAAAUUCAAUGAGGACCAGAAAAAAAAGAAGAAAGGAAAAAGUUAUUUAAAAUCACUGGUUAUGGAAACAGAGGGCACGGUAGAGGAAACAGAGGAUAGUCCAUUAUUAUCAGAUAUGGAAAUUACGUAGUGUUUAAGCCAUUUACACAAUCAAUCUGCAACA